AAAAAAAAAAAGUUCUGCUUUUCCUAGAGAAUAUUUCAGGUUUGAUGCUAGUAACAAUCUUUCAACCUUGGUGAAAACAUGGAUUUGCUUGCUUGCUUGUUUUCUAGGGAGAUUUAUUUGGGUUUUUGUAGUUGUUGAUCCAGCAUGUUUUCCCACUAUUAAGAUGUGAGCAAAGGAGACACAAAGACAUAGAGGCAGAAUGUGGAUGCCUCUGUCUUUCACGCAUGAAGCCUGACAAAUAGGAAAGUACUACAAAGUGAAGAGAAAAUUCACUUCACAAGAACUGAGCUCAGCUUUCAUUGGCUUUUAAAUUUUAUUUGUAUUAGUAACUGAUUAGUGUCAGAGCAUCUCUGUAGUCUACUGUGGUGAAAUUAUUAGGUUAAAGCUGGAAAAAAUGAAACAAUUAAAAAGAAAGAGAAAAAGCAAUUUUAGCGUUCAGGAAACUCAAACUCUCCUUAAGGAAAUCAGAAAAAGGAGAGAAGUACUCUUUUCAAAGCAACUUAAUACAACAAUUAAUGAGAUGAAACGGAAAGCUUGGGAGGAAAUAGCAGAGUGUGUAAAUGCUGUAGGUGAAGGAGAGCAAAGAACAGGGACAGAAGUGAAAAGGCGAUACCUUGACUGGAGAGCACUCAUGAAGAGAAAACGUCUGAAUGCAAACAUCAAAGUAGUAGGUGCUGGGUUUCACCUUCCUUCAUCCAAUUUAGAUGACUCUCUCAAUGAAGACAUGGAUGAGAAAAUGGGAUUUGCCAUUGAAUCUAGUUUUGAAUGGCAAAAUAUCACUGACUUCAGAGAAGCUGGUGGAUCUUUAACAGAAAUCAAAGUGGAAGAGGAAGAGGAGGAUCCACAGAAUUUUGAAUUUCCUAUUGAAGAAGAAGAAGAAAUUUUGUCAUCAGUUUUGCCAGAUUCAAAAAAGGAAAAUGACCUGCCAGACUUUCCCCACAUUGAAGAGUUUGGAAGUCUAAGCUCUGCUCAAGCUAGGCUAGCGUAUGAAGAUUCUCACUUGCUUAUAAAUCUGGAGAAACAGAAGGUGAACCUGGAGAAACAGCGACUAGAUAUUGAAACCGAAAGGUUGCAAGUGGAGAAGGAGCGCCUGCAAAUUGAAAAAGAACGGUUACGGCAUGUUGACUUGGAGCGUGAGAGACUUCAGAUUGAGAAGGAGCGACUUCAGAUUGAAUGGGAGAAACUCAGAUUAGAGACUCUGCAUGCUGAAAAACCUGCCUUGGAAAAUGAUCUCACUCAAACAGAAAAACCCAUCGUGCAGCCUCUGGAUCUAGAAACUGAAAAGUUAAAACUUGAAAAAGAACGUUUGCAGUUAGAGAAGGAGAGGCUGCAGUUCCUAAAGUUUGAGUCGGAGAAGCUGCAGAUUGAGAAGGAACGCUUGCAAGUGGAGAAAGAGCGCCUUCGAAUUCAGAGAGAGGGUCACUUGCAGUGAACUUUUGGACUGAAGUGCCAACAAUAGUGUUUUGAUGUUUGUAAAAUAGAGGUAGUUCUUUUCUUAAUACUGAAACUGUCCUAGAGGUUUAACAUUCUUCUGUUCAAAGUCUAAUGUUGAUGUUAGGCUGAAAAAGAAAGAAAAAAAAAAAAUGGUGCUCAGUAUGUCAGUGUGCCAACAUAAAUGAGCUUAUGUGUGAAAUCGCUUCUCAGUGUAUCAGAACUAAGUGUUAUGUUCUCUUGUGUUUCGUAUUGUGUUGUAUUAGUUCAUUGUCCCCCUCUUGUAGACACAUUGAGAAGAAUUAAGGCUGAACCUUGUACUUUCUUCACUGUACAACAGUAAGGAAGGAUCAGAAUAAAUCAACAUAUGUUGUGAGGGCAUGGUGCUGACAAUAGCCCACACAGUACAUAAAUAGCAGUUAGAUGGAACACAAUAACAGAGAUUCAUGAUGGAACUGAUUCAUUAAACUUUAUUUUCCUUUUUAGUUUUUUUUUUCCACCCCCACAAUUGGUUAAAGACUUCAGGAGUUAUCUAAAAGUUAAAGUCCAAGUGAAAUUCACUGCAGUUAUGUUUACUCUUGUUCUUUGGCUUGAACUGUAUGGGAGUGCAGAAAACAGUAUUGUUCCUUUUGUGUGAAGUAUUGAUACUAGAUAAAGUUACACAUCAACUAUACGUGCUCUAAGCUGGAUUAUUGGUUGCACUGGGUCAUUAAUAAUGCUGUAUUGAAUAUAGCACUUGUUUGGUGUAGGAUAGGGACUUAUGACUGAUCAGGCAUGCUGUCUGAUCAGUGUGAUGAUCCCCUGCAGUAAAUUGCUGGGCUUUGUUGGUUCCUUGAAAGACAGUAACCGGUGAUGAGAAUCUAUGGAGCAGCGACACGGAGGCUCAGCACACAAUCACUUGAUGUGAAUUCUGCCUUACCAGCACCAAGGCCAUGUCUGUGAGGCAGCCAGGUGAGGAUUCUGUGGCUGAUAUCAUAUAGCGUGUUUUAAUUAAAAACCCACAAACAGUCAGUGCUGAGGACAGUCUGUAUUUUUCAUAAGCAAUGCAUUCAUUCAAAAUAAGAAAAAAAUGAAGUAAGCUUUCCAUUAUUUCAUAUAUGUUUAAAUCCCAACUGAGCCAGAUUUCACAUCUUUCAUUUUCGACAAGAAUACUGAAUCUGAAUAUAUGUUGAAUGAGUUACAUGGGUUCUUGUGCAAGUAAAUAUAUUUAUACCACUACAGGAUUACUUUUAUUCUGCAAAGAAAACAUUAUUUUUUUAUUACUGAAACAAGUGUGCUUCUACAGUGGAAAUAAAUUUGACUACUGCAAU